AAAUUAAUAUCACUACUCUCUAGUCGUAUCAAUUUAAACUAAUAAACAAAAUUUCAAAGACUUGUGUGUAUCACUUUCGGUUCUAACUCGAACGCAGUCACAACUUAAAUCAGUCGGUUGUUAAAUUUCAAAAAAGAAUAUAGUGAAUUGCGGGAACUAAAAAAAAAUGAUUUUCUCGUUACUUGUGACUUUGGGUCUUAUCGGAGUUAUUAUAGGACUAGGCUAUUUGUUUCUAGUAUGGAAUUUUGAUUAUUGGAAGAAGAGAGGCAUUAAAGGACCAAAACCAUAUCCAUUUUAUGGAAGCCUUCCAAGUAUGGUUACACAGAAACGUAAUCCUGGUUACGACUUGAGAGACAUUUACAACCAAUACCAUAAAGAUGAAGAUUUUGUUGGAGUUUAUAGCAUCCGAACUCCGGAACUAUUGAUUUUGAGUCCAGAAUUUGUUCAUAAGGUAUUCGUAAGUGAGUUUAAAAACUUUCAUGACAAUGAAGCUGCAACUUGGAUGGAUGAAAAGAGGGAGAAGAUCUUGGCUCAUAAUCCAUUUGUCCUGACUGGUGAGCAAUGGAAAGAACGUCGUCAAGAAAUCACACCUGGAAUAUCACUUAAUAGGAUUAAAGCAGUCUAUCCAGUAACACAAGAAGCCUGUGGAAAGCUAACUAAAUACAUUAGAAAUCUUUGCUCCAAGCCUGACCCUAAUGGAUUCGAUGCGAAAGACAUUACACUACGAUUUACUUCAGAUUUGGUUACCGAUGCUGUUUUAGGAGUUAAGGCUGAAAGUUUAUCAGAUAGUCCAACACCAGUCUUAGCAAUGACCAAAAAACUUUUCGAAUUGAGUAGUGUGUUUGCAACUUACAUUUUCAUAUCUGGACUUUGGCCAACAAUCAAAAAAUUCUACAAAGUUAAAUUUUUCCAAAAAGAUUGUGAAGACUUUUUCUUGGAUCUUUUGGGAAAAUCUCUUGAUAUGAGGCGUCAACAGAAAACAGAUCGUUUGGAUUUUAUGAAUUAUAUGUUGCAAGUGCAGGAGAAAAAAAAUUUACCCAAUAAUGAACUAUUGUCGCAUAUGAUGACAUUUUUGAUAGACGGUUUUGAGACAUCAGCUAAUGUGAUAACAGUGUGUCUUUAUCAGUUGGCUAAAAACCCUGCUGAACAAGAAAAACUGCGAACUGAAAUCCUCAAUAAUCUCAACAAAAACGGUGAGCUUGACUUUGAAUAUCUUGAUGGACCCUCUUACGUUGAUCAAUGUUUAAACGAAAGCAUUAGACUAAUACCACCAGUAAUUGUUCACAAGAAACUGUGUACUGAACCAUGUGUGUUGACCAACAGAAAUGGAGUGAAGCUUCAGGUUAAUCGCAAUGAUAUUGUCUUAAUACCGGCAUAUGCUCUAUAUUUCGAUCCACAAUACUUUCCUAAUCCAGAAGAAUUCAAACCAGAACGUUUUAGUGAAGAAAAUGGCGGAGUAAAGAAAUAUCGUGAUAUGAGUGUAUUCUUUCCGUUUGGUGAUGGACCUCGGAUAUGUUUGGGAAUGAAAUUUGCUUUAAUACAAACUAAAGCAGCUAUUGCUGAAAUAGUGAGAAAUUUCAAUAUCAAACUUAAUGCAAGGACAAACAAAGAUAAUAAACUGAAUCCAACUGCCUUCCUUGGCGAACUUGAUGGUGGAGUUUGGCUUGAUUUUGAAGAGAGAAAUUGAAUUUUCUACAAACUUUAUUCUUUAGUUAUUUUUAUGAUUAAAUUUAAAAUUUUUGUAUUUAAUUGUUAAAUAAACGAAAAAAUA